GGUGGCUCCCCUGGAGGAAAGCACACCCCGUGUCACAGUAAAGAGCCAAACUGUCUGCUUCAAAGAGAAAAGGCAACAUCCUGUCGCAGGCCAUGCUCUGGCAAAAACCCUCAGCUUCUGAACAACCCUCCGCCCCACCCCGGCCAUACCAGGGCGUCCGCGUGAAGGAGCCGGUGAAGGAGCUGCUGAGGAGGAAGAGAGGCCAUGCCAGCAGCGGGGCGGCCGUGGCCCCUACUGCGGUGGUGCUGCCUCACCAGCCCCUGGCGACCUACGCCGCAGUGGGUCCUUCCUGCCUGGACAUGGAGGUCUCUGCUUCUGCAGUGACGGAGGAGGGUGCCUUGUGUGCCAGCUGGCUGUCCCAGCCGGCCCCAGCCACCCUCCAGCCCCUGGCGCCCUGGACGCCCUACACCGAGUACGUGUCCCAUGAGGCUGUCAACUGCCCUUACUCUGCUGACAUGUAUGUGCAGCCAGUAUGCCCCAGCUACACGGUUGUGGGGCCCUCCUCGGUGCUGACGUACGCCUCCCCACCACUCCUCACCAAUGUCACGACGAGAGGCUCUGGCACACCCACGGUGGGGCCCCCGCUGGAGGGCCCGGAGCACCAGGCACCCCUCACCUAUUUCCCGUGGCCCCAGCCCCUUUCCACGCUGCCCACCUCCACGCUGCAGUACCAGCCUCCGGCCCCAGCUCUGCCCGGGCCCCAGUUUGUCCAGCUCCCCAUCUCUAUUUCUGAGCCAGUCCUUCAGGACAUGGAAGACCCCAGGAGAGCCUCCAGCUCCCUGACCAUCGACAAGCUGCUCUUGGAGGAAGAGGAUAGCGACGCCUACGCGCUCAACCACACGCUCUCUGUGGAAGGCUUUUAGGGCUGGCUUCUCCACGAGAGUCCUGUUCCCUGAAACUGGGUUUUAAAAAUUAGCCUGGCAUUGAGCCCCUAGUUCAUAUCUGUGUGAAGUAACCAUUUCAAUAGCAACAUUUUCUGCCCCAAAGUAGAACUGCAGACUGACCUUUCUUCCUUCUCUCUUUCCCUCCCUCC